GCUCUUUUCUUCUCGAGUCUUGACCUCGAGGCAGCACUUCUACAGAGAGAUCGAAGUACGCGGCCGGACUUGACAUGGCCGGCACGGGCGAGAGCAGCCGUAGUUGGGAGCGAGAGACGGUGCCGAUGGUGAUGACGAUCGUAAGUCCGAUGUUGGCCCAGAGGGACGUCUACUCGCUCUUGUUGGUCAGCCCAUGGUGCUACCGCGCUCUCCUAUCUGUUUCCACGAUUUGGGAGGUUCUUGAUCUGCAUGAGAUGAGUAAAGCAGGAGAACGGCUAAGAUCUGCACUCUUAUUGGAACGAUAUCAGCUUGUCAAAAAGAUUAACCUUGAAUUUGCACAAGUCGAAGAUGAACAUUUUAUUCUACUUAAAGGCCAGAUCCAGGGAAAAGUACUUCAAGGCUUGCAACACCUCAAUCUGAAUGGCUGUCAAAAGAUCUCUGAUGUAGGAAUUGAAGCUAUAACUAGUUGUUGCCCACAACUUAGAGAGUUUUAUCUUUAUUGGAAUGUCAGGCUGACCAAUGUGGGUAUAACUCACAUUGUAAGGAACUGUAGGGAAUUGAGAAGUUUAAACUUGAGUGGUUGCAAGAAUAUCUCUGAUCACUGCUUGCAUCUAAUUGGUGAUAAUUGCCAGAAGUUACAAGAUCUAGACAUUACUAGGUGCACAAAGUUAACUGAUCGUGGUUUACAACAGAUACUGCUUAAGUGCUCCUUGCUUCAAAGACUGAACCUCUACGCUCUUUCAAGUUUAACUGAUGCAGCAUAUAAAAAGAUAGCAUGCUUGUCUCAUCUCACAUUCUUAGAUCUCUGUGGUGCUCAGAAUCUAACUGAUGAAGGUCUUUCCUGCAUAGCAGGAUGCAAAAAUCUUGCUUCCUUGAAUUUGACAUGGUGUGUACGUGUCACUGAUAUGGGAGUGAUUGCCAUAGCAGAAGGUUGCAGAUCUCUUGAGCUUUUGAGCUUGCAUGGGAUAAUCAGUGUUACAGAUGCAUGUCUAGAAGCUUUAUCAAAGUUCAGCUCAAAUUCACUGAUGACACUCGAUGUUAAUGGUUGUGUUGGCAUCAAGAAAAGAAGCCGGGAGCACUUGCUACAAUUAUUCCCAUUGUUGAGGUGCUUCAAAGUGCAUAGUUAGUUUGAAACUUCAUGCGUCAGUACUAGAUUUUUGGCUGAACUCCACUUGCCAAUUUUUUAACAGAGGUUUGGCGAUUUGGAACCAUUAUCAACCCAUUUUACCGAGGGUCACAUAUCCUCAUUUGGGAUAAUUAGAAGAUUGUAUAAUCAUUUGUCUCCAGAUUUAUCACAAUUAAAAAAUGUUUUCCUUAUAAAAUUGAGGUAAUUACUGCAAAUUCUGAGCCAGGUAGGGUGUCUAGCAGUGUCUACUCAAUUGAUGGUAGAACAUCUAC